AUGGCAACAGCUUCUUCCACAUCAGAGCAGCUUCAGGCAGAACCUGAAGCUCUUUUGAAUGGACCAGCUGGCAUACCACCUGCUGGUAUGCUACCUGACUUUGAUAAACCGGCUGGCCUCAACACCGUUUUCUAUUUUUCUAUCGCAAUGUGCAUAACCUUCUCAAGCUUAGCCGUUCUCAUACGCAUCUAUACAAGAAGCUUUCUCCUCCGCUCCAUGGGGUACGAUGACUAUGCUUCGGUGGUUUCGUGGCUGUGUUUGCUCGGAUAUCUCAUUGUGGCGCUUUUCGUCACGAAGGCUGGGCUUGGUGUUCAUAUGUGGGACUUGCGGUUGAAGGAAUUCUUCGGGCUGCUUUACUGGGUCAACAUCGCUACAAUUAUGUACAACCCAACUGCGUUCCUGGCCAAGUUCUCUAUUCUUCUUCAGUACUCCAGAAUCUUCAACCCCGGCGGAAAAGGAAACUUGCCAGUGUUCGUCGCCAUCCGAAUUGGUGUCUUUGCUUUGGGGUUUUUCGCUUGUGUGACGUCGAUCAUGCGCACUUAUUAUACCUUCCGAGUUCUCGAAACGUCAGACAAAAGCUACAUGCUCGGCCCCUUUGGUCUAUGGAGCUCAGCAGAGCUUUCAACCAGUGUCAUUACUAGCUGUCUUCCCGCCCUGCCGAAAUUCUUUCAACACAUUCGCCCCAAGGUCUAUAGAGUCUACAAAGUGUUUUCGGUGCAGUCGAAAUCCACGAGUAGCUCUGGCCCCGAUCAGAGAGACGGGAGCAGACCAUCCAAGAAUAAGCCCCUCACCAAGGUCAAAAACUCUUUCGCCAAGCACGGUGCUGGGUUGAAUCUUACCGAAUCAGACACGGACCCGUACUCUCAGCUCCAUGGCGAGUAUUAUACGCUGGACGAGUUUGAAGCUUCGAAGCCCCAAACGAUAAUGGCAUCUGCUCCGACCCAGGCAUCAGGCGUGGGAAUUGCCACAAGACGGGAUGAGUUGGAAUAUGGACAUCAAGGGUCAUAA